AUAUGGCUGGAAAAUUUAGAUACAAUCAUUAGUCCCAUGAACGAUGUCUUCUUUGAAUAUUUCAAAUCAACACAAUGGUUAAGUCUUAUCACCAAAGUCAUGUAUCUACAUAAAACAUAUCUUAACUGAAGCUCAGCUCUUUAGGUGAGUGUUAUAGACUCUCAUGCAUAGAUUCUGAGGUCAGUAAGAAUUUUUUUAAAAAGAAUAAGCUGUAAAGGAAGAAUUCUAGAUAACAUGAAUCUUUUCCAAAAAUCAUUUUAAAAUAUUAACACCGAAACAUUAUCUGGUUCGUAGCCAAGGAAUUGUUCACCGAAGACUUGCCAUUCUAGAAAUCAUUGCAGAUUCAUCCUUCAGGCUUUCAUUAUGAAACUGAUAAUAGCUUGCACGUUUGCUUUUUCGCUUUCUGCUUAAAGGGAAAUGGCCAUUCUAUUUUUUAUUUCCCCCAGACCCGUUUCAGUACUAGGUAUGUUAGAAAAGAAAUUCUGAAAUGUAGUGGAUUCCUUAAGUUUUAGGGCCUGAAAAAAGUUUUGGAAAAGUGUAAAAGAUAACUACUCCCCAAAGAUCUUAAUUGGUAACUACUGUUGCAAGAGGAGAUGUGUGUGUGUGUUGACCGUGUCUCAGAGAAGUUAUUCUCACACAGCUGUUUAUUCAGAUAGCGUGGGGCGCGUUCAUUUACAUAAUUUUUUUUUAAGCAGCAAGGUUGAGUCAGAGCAGUGCUCCUUUCAAUUGUGCAUUUAAACCAAUAAGGUUAGGACAAGAGAAUAGCUGUGGUUUGCGUUGCAAAAACCAAAAAAAAAAAAAAAAAAAAAAAAAAGCCCCGAGGCUCCAUGGGCAGACCUACAAGGCUGCGCAAACAAAUCGAGGGAUGAGAUUCUGCUGUUUCUUUGUCUAGGGUUCUCAGAUGCUAUCUGCGGCUGCUGUUUGGUGGGGACGGAGCGCUGGGCGCAAAGCUGUUACCAAACAGAACGGUGGGAGCUGAUGGCUCCGAGCUUGGGGCGAGGUAGAAACUCUCCAGUGCCACUUCCGACUUUAAGCCUUCCUGUUGCCGUCCACUGUGGCGGGUUUCUUCCUGGGGAACGCGUUUUCGCUCAGUCGCUCGGCAGCCCGAGCCUGCGGCAGCGGCCAGGCGCCUGCCCCCUGCGCCGAGCUUUCCCCCUGCGCCGAGCUUUCCCCUGCAGAGGCGCUCCGCUCCCAGAGGCGCCGCGACUGCACCAGAGUGCCUGAGAGCCCUCGCGCGUCCCCAUCCAGGAGCAAAACUAUGUCAGGAAUGGAGGUUUGCUAACCCAGAAAAUUCGAAGGAACACAUUAAACUGGUGGAUGCAGCAGAUGUAAGCCCUGUGCAAACAUCUCAAGCCAGUUCAGAUGUUGCUGUUUCCUCAAGUUGCAGGUCUAUGGAAAUGCAGGAUCUAACCAGCCCGCAUAGCCGUCUGAGUGGUAGUAGCGAAUCCCCCAGUGGCCCCAAACUCGAUAACUCUCAUAUAAAUAGUAAUUCCAUGACUCCCAAUGGCACCGAAGUUAAAACAGAGCCAAUGAGCAGCAGUGAAACAGCUUCAACGACAGCAGACGGGUCUUUAGACAAUUUCUCAGGUUCAGCAAUUGGGAGCAGUAGUUUCAGCCCACGACCAACUCACCAGUUCUCUCCGCCACAGAUUUACCCUUCCAACAGACCAUACCCACAUAUUCUCCCUACCCCUUCCUCACAAACUAUGGCUGCAUAUGGGCAAACACAGUUUACCACAGGAAUGCAACAAGCUACAGCCUAUGCCACGUACCCACAGCCAGGACAGCCGUACGGCAUUUCCUCAUAUGGUGCAUUGUGGGCAGGCAUCAAGACCGAAGGUGGAUUGUCACAGUCUCAGUCGCCUGGACAGACAGGGUUUCUCAGCUAUGGCACAAGCUUCAGUACCCCUCAACCUGGACAGGCACCCUACAGCUACCAGAUGCAAGGUAGCAGUUUUACAACAUCAUCAGGAUUAUAUACAGGAAAUAAUUCACUCACAAAUUCAUCUGGAUUUAACAGUUCACAGCAGGACUACCCGUCUUAUCCCAGUUUUGGCCAGGGGCAGUACGCACAGUAUUAUAACAGCUCACCGUAUCCAGCACAUUAUAUGACCAGCAGCAACACCAGCCCAACGACACCAUCCACCAAUGCCACUUACCAGCUUCAAGAACCACCAUCUGGCAUCACCAGCCAAGCAGUUACCGAUCCCACAGCAGAAUACAGCACAAUCCACAGCCCAACAACACCCAUUAAAGAUUCAGAUUCUGAUCGAUUGCGUCGAGGUUCAGAUGGGAAAUCACGUGGACGGGGAAGAAGAAACAAUAAUCCUUCACCUCCCCCAGAUUCUGAUCUUGAGAGAGUGUUCAUCUGGGACUUGGAUGAGACAAUCAUUGUUUUCCACUCCUUGCUUACUGGGUCCUACGCCAACAGAUAUGGGAGGGAUCCACCCACUUCAGUUUCCCUUGGACUGCGAAUGGAAGAAAUGAUUUUCAACUUGGCAGACACACACUUAUUUUUUAAUGACUUAGAAGAAUGUGACCAAGUCCAUAUAGAUGAUGUUUCUUCAGAUGAUAACGGACAGGACCUAAGCACGUAUAACUUUGGAACAGAUGGCUUUCCUGCUGCAGCAACCAGUGCUAAUUUAUGCUUGGCAACUGGUGUACGGGGCGGUGUGGACUGGAUGAGAAAGUUGGCCUUCCGCUACAGACGGGUAAAAGAGAUCUACAACACCUACAAAAAUAAUGUUGGAGGUCUGCUUGGUCCAGCUAAGAGGGAAGCCUGGCUGCAGUUGAGGGCCGAAAUUGAAGCCCUGACUGACUCCUGGUUGACACUGGCCCUGAAAGCACUCUCACUCAUUCACUCCCGGACAAACUGUGUGAAUAUUUUAGUAACAACUACUCAGCUCAUCCCAGCAUUGGCGAAAGUCCUGCUGUAUGGAUUAGGGAUUGUAUUUCCAAUAGAAAAUAUUUACAGUGCAACUAAAAUAGGAAAAGAAAGCUGUUUUGAGAGGAUAAUUCAAAGGUUUGGAAGAAAAGUGGUGUAUGUUGUUAUAGGAGAUGGUGUAGAAGAAGAACAAGGAGCAAAAAAGCACGCGAUGCCCUUCUGGAGGAUCUCCAGCCACUCGGACCUCAUGGCCCUGCACCACGCCUUGGAACUGGAGUACCUGUAACAACGCUCAGCACUUUGACACCGCACAGCUGCUCUGUGACCAGGGACAGAUCCAGCAGGCCCCAGUCUUGCAUCAGCAACGGCCUCCCGAAUUUAGCGAUUUCUGCCUGCUGAUGCACAGCUGCUGUCAGUCUUGACCUCUGCCCUUGUGGUGAAUGGAGGACCACGUCUAUUUCUUCAGAACAGCUGUUGACUCUGGUACUGUGAAUCCAAUGAAAAGCCAUGAGAAUGUUCUAGCACAGAGUAAUGUGUCUGCCACAUUAACUACACGGUUCAAACCUGUGAAGAGAGGACCUGCAAACGCUUCAAUUGUUAGCAUUUUCAAUGUGAUGUGAACAGCUUCUCCAAUACAGCAAACCUGAUUGCACAACAGAGACUGAAAUGUGUUUCCUGAAUAUCAGUGGAGAAAUUUUCAUGUAAAGAAAGUUUACUUUUUGGUUUCUCAUACCCAGGGUAAUCUGUACAUCUCUACUUAUUUAUGAACAGACUUAAAAAAAAAACAGCUUUAUUGAGGUGUAAUUCACAUACCCCACAGUUCACCCACCAGACUCUUUUGACAUUAAAUAAUUGAAGAGAAAAUAGCAUUAGAAAUAAGUGAUUCAAGGCCUUUGCAUCACAACAUGGCAAGUACAGUACUUUGAAUUUUAGCACAUGGCAUAGUUUUAAGUAUGUCUAAUUUAAACGUAUAAUAUGUACAUCACUGAGACAAUCAUGUACAGAAAGAAUUUUUGGUGUAAAUUUGUAAUAAUGGCUGAUUCUUUUACAUAUCGUUUAGGGAAAUGAUGUUGAAAGGUAGCAAUGCCUUGACAGUGAAGCAUGAGGCAGCAUGUGCACAAACUCAUGUGCCAUGGCUUAUCUAAGUGUUGGGUAUAAAUAUGUAGAUAAUACAUUUUUUUUAGAUAAAUGUUGUCAAGACCAAAAGCAUGGAUGUCAAGUGUCAGUAAGGAUUUUGUUUUCUAAAUUUCCCCCCCAUCAGUUCUUCUGAGGGCCUUGAUGAAAUAACACAGCAGUUUCUUAAACAAUUUGAAAAAAAAAUUUCUCCUGCCACCUCACUUUUUCAUUUCCCACUAAUGUAUUAUACGUAACUACUUGGAAAAAAUAAUUAUUCAAAUGCUUCUUCCCACAGAAAGAAUAUAGAUAGUAGAUAUAUUUUAUUAAUAAAAUGGUUCAUGAAUUGGAGACUAACAAAGUUUUCAUGUGUUCAGAAUUAUUAUCGUGUCUGCAUUUUCUUUAGAUAAAGGAAGACACACGAUGCUAAUCCAGAAAUCAGCAAACUUUGCAUUACUCCCUACAUGCGUAUUUUCUCUGUCUUCCUCCCACCCAGAGGAAAGUUCAUUGCCAUUGUCAUCACCAUGGAAACAAUGUUCCUCUCCACCUGCAUUAUGUACUACAUGACAGGCAUAGAUCUGGGGAAUUAAAAUUAUCACAUUUGCCACACCGUAAGAGUUUCUCCAAAAGGGGUCCAUUUGGCUGGGCAAUAUUUUCUCUCGUGUAAUGCAAUCCACUGUCAUGAAAUUACUCUUAGGAUGAAUCGUCUUUAAUGUUAUACUGGGGGGAAAAGACCCACCAGCUUUGACCUGAAAGUAGCUGAAGAGCUAUUUCAUCCUUUUCUGAAGUUGCAGGUUGCUGCUAGAAUUAGUCAUUUGUGAAUUAACCAAAUUGUUUGAAUUCACAAUUGAAUUUUUUUCUCCUUUUUUGCUUGAAGCAAACAAGUUGACAAUUUUUUAACCUUUUCAUUUUGUGUUUUUGUGCUCUGCAGUCUGAAAAGACAAAGUUUAUCUUGGCCUUACUGUAUAAAGGUGUGCUGUGUCCACCAAUGUGUACAGAAUUUUUCUUCAUUAAUUUUGUGUUUAAGUUAAUAAAAUUGAUUUGUGACGUACUGUAA